AUGAGUGUUGUUAAAACAGUUGAAAAGAGAGUAAUAGAUAAUGAAACAACUGGAAAGAGCGCAUUUUUUUUGAAAAAAAAAAAAGUUUGUUCUCCUUUAGUUCGUUCCAAAAAUAAAAUUGGUUCCAAUGGAUUAUCUCAAUGCUUUAAAAAUGUCACUACAAGAUUAUAUCUUUCAAUAGCUCCAUGUUAUGUCAAUGACCCAAUUAACGCAAUUAAGGUGCAGCAUUUAGAUCCUUUAAUAAUGACAUUCUAUAACCCUCUUGGUGGUGUGAUAUUGUCAUAUUCCAAUCUAAGAGUAUCAAAUUCAAUGUUUGACGAAUUUGCUAUUAUUACUAAAAUACCCAAAAAAAAAAUAUGUUUGGCCAAAAUCCAAUUCGAUACGCCUUUUGCAUUUUUAUGGGUUUCUGUUGAUUUCUUAAUUUGGAAACCAGAAAUCAAUGAUAAGAUUCAAGGAUGGUGUUAUAUGCAAACACCAUCUCAUAUUGGGUUAUUGAUCCAUGAUAUAUUUAAUGCAACAAUUAAAAGAAACUCUAUUCCUUCAAAUUGGCAAUUUAUUUCAAACCAGAUCGAUGAAAUUGAUCCAAAUGAUGAUUCAACUACACAUUCUUUGGGUCAUUGGCUAGAUUCUGAAGGAAAUAAAAUUGAUGCAAAAUUGGAUUUUUUUGUAAAAUCAAUUCACAGUGCAGGAAGAGCAAUUAGUAUUGAAGGGUUAUUAAUUGAUUCAAACAAUGAAAUAAACUUUUUUUCAAAUAACAGUAGUAAUAAUGCUUCUACUGUCACUAGUCAUCAGACUAAUAGUGAUAAUAAUAGUAUUAGUAAUAGUAAUACUAUUUUAGAAGCUAAUAAUGCUUCAAUUUUAUCCAAAUAUGAUAAUAAUAGUGAAAAUGAUGAAGAUGAUGAAGAUAACAAAAUAGUAAAUCAAUCAGACAACUCUGAUAUUGAUUCUGAUUCUGAUUAA